AUGGAUACCAGAGAGAAAGCCCUUGCAAACCUCCAUGCGGCGGGCCUAAGCGAUAUCCUCUACCUUCCCAGCAGCGAUGUAUACAGCGCCCGUGUCGAGUCAUACUGGUCACUAACGGCGCAAUUAAAACCAUGGGCAAUCGUCCGACCGCGAAACACAGAAGAGGUCUCCAAGGCUGUCAAAGCUAUAGUUGCGACGCCAGAUGUGAAGUUUGCCAUCCGAAGUGGCGGACACAUGCAAUGGCCCGGCGCAAACAAUAUUGUCAAUGGGAUCACCAUCGACCUGGGUCUCAUGAACAGCACGACGUACGAUCCGGAAACGGGAAUUGCGUCGAUACAACCAGGCGGUACGUGGGCGAAGUCUUAUCAAGAACUGGAGAAGCAGGGGCGCAUGGUCGCUGGUGGCCGCGAAGGAAAAGUCGGUAUAGGCGGUUUACUAACAGGCGGGGGAAAGACAUUUUAUACAUGCCGUAACGGAUUUGCGUGCGACCAGGUCGUCAAUUAUGAACUCGUUCUCGCCGACGGCUCUAUCUCUAAUGCCAAUUCCACCACGAAUCCAGACCUUUUCCGUGCCCUCAAAGGUGGCGGGAAUAACUUCGGUGUCGUCACGCGCUUCGAUAUGACGACUUUCUCAGCCGUAGAUGUCUGGGAUUGUACGAUAACGUAUCCAAAAAAGGCGACGUUGCAGCUUUCAGAGGCCAUCGUGGAUCUGACGAAGAACCUUGCCGCUUACCCCGAUGAUCAUAUAUUGGCGAUGUGGACGUAUCUACCGAAGACGGAAGAGCACUUUGUUAUGGUGAAUAUGAUGAAUCUUGAAGGCGUGAAGGAAGCGAGAACAUUGGAAAAGUUCCUGGGCAUUCCGGAACAGAUGAAUAGGGUCGAUACGACUGUGUCAGUUGCGACGAAGCUGACUUCGUUUGUUGUCCCUUCGGGGAAGUAUGAUACAUGGUACACUACAACAUUUAAAGCCGACCCACAGAUCAUCCUAAAAAGCGCCUCUGUCUUCGAAUCACUAGUCUCAGCUCUCAAGAACCAGGUCCCAUACUCAAACUUCUACACUCAGAUUGUCCUUCAGCCUCUCCCUGUCUCAUUCGGUGCACACUCCACAGCCCGUGGUGGAAAUAUGAUGGGUCUCGAUCAAAUGAAGGUUGAUUGCGUCCUUCUGGUCUGGGCGGUUGAGGUUGACACGCCCGAGCUGAAUGCGAAUGUUGCCGGCCCGACUCUGAAGAGUGCCAUUGAGAAGAUUGAGACGUAUGCGAGGAGUGUGAAGGGGGAUGUAGGUUUCCGAUAUCUAAACUACUGUGAUAAGGAGCAAGAUGCGCUGGGGAGCUAUGGUGAGGAGAAUGUGAGGCAUAUGAAGGAGGUUGCGGUAUUUUCUGAGAAAGUCGCAGAGGACGUUGUGCGCCUAAGCUAA